GCGCUGUUUUUGUCACGUUCCCGGCUUCCGUACGGCUCAAAUCAACGGAGCAGGACGAACAGGAAGCGACUUUCUUAAAUCCUAAAUCAAGUUUUUUUCAUGUUUUCUGAUUGCACAAUUAACCGUCGGUUGAUUCCGUUUGUCCUGGUGACCAAUCAGUGUGGACCUCGCCGCUACGUCACGUCUACGGCUGGCGUGCCAAAGGAGUGACCACUCCGAUAAGACUGCCCUGCCCCUAGUAUCACAACAGACCAGCAUGCAACCGGAGCCCGUCGCCUGUGUUUAGACUUCUCCUUAAACCCACCGAAAGCUUUCGUUAUUCACCGUAAAAAGCACCGACCGCCGAACCGGGACCAUGUGGCUGCCUAUGAUUGGGAUGACAGCCCUGCCACACUUAGGAGGGCUCUACGGUGGCUUCAUCACGCGGAAACAGGUUAAAACCUGGUACCCGACGCUGAAGAAACCCUCAUGGCGCCCUCCAAACGCGGCGUUCCCUGUGGUGUGGACGUGUUUGUACACAAGCAUGGGAUACGGCUCCUACCUGAUCUGGAAAGAGCUCGGAGGUUUUACCCAGGAUGCUUUGGUUCCACUGGGACUGUAUGGAGCGCAGCUUGCUCUGAACUGGGCCUGGACUCCGAUUUUCUUUGGUGCACACAAGCUGAAACUGGCGCUGAUCGAGAUCGUGCUCCUCACUGGGACCGUCGGAGCCACCAUGGCGUCCUGGUAUCCCAUCAGCAGCACCGCCACUCUACUCAUGGCGCCCUAUCUCGCCUGGCUGUGCCUCGCCACCUCCCUCAACUACUGCAUAUGGAGAGACAACGCAGAGGACAAAGAGGAGUAGGAGGACACGUGUGGUUUAAACCAUUCCACUUCUGAGCCAAUUAAAUCUGCUUGUAAAAACCUUCUA